AUGACUCUUAACUCACAAGUUAUUUCACUUCGUCCGUUCAUUCAAGAAACUUUACGUAGAUCACGAAUCUCUUGGUACACUCUUCAAAUGGCAUUAUUUUAUCUUUUACGAAUAAAGCAUAAAAUAGCAACACUUGAAGUAGAAAUCACUGAUAACAAAAGUGAUCCAGCUGCCUGUGGUCGUCGAAUGUUUCUCGCAUCUCUUAUAAUAGCAUCGAAAUAUCUUCAAGAGCGCAAUUAUGCCAAUAGUGCUUGGUCAAAGAUAUGUGGUUUAUCUGUGACGGACAUUAAUGAAAUCGAGAGACGUUUUCUUAUUCUUAUUGAUUAUAACCUUUUUAUAAAGGAUAAUAUUUUUAAUAAUUGGACAAAUGUUUUGAAAUCACAUAUUUGUCCUUUUUCUGGAUUAGAAUGA